AUGGUUGAAGUUAGUGCAAAUCACAGCAUUCUUUGUAAUGAAAAACUCUACGUUCCUCACAUUGACAAGAACAAGCCAGUCACCUGGACUUUUACAGUUGCAUCAAGUGUGAGUUGCUUUCUUUCAUCUGUUAGUCGUAAAUCUUUGAAUGGAGACAAGGAUUCUAAAAGAGAAGGAAGAUAUUAAGGGCAAGCUUUUGAAACAAAGUCAAGCUAUUUAGCAGGUUUACUCUAGAUAGACGAUCUUCUGGGUAGCCCUUUGACCCUUAGAGUGUGUAGAAUGUAAUGUCUCCUUACAAUAUCACCCCUGAAUCAAACAUUAGUUCAUGAGAAUAAAGGAAAUGAUUGCCAACUAAAGAAACUGCUGAUUGUUCAAUAAAUUCUCCUUGUCAACACCUUAAGAAAUGUAUGGAGAACAGUAUGGUGAAUAUGCAUACUGAUGAAAGGGUAUAAAGGGUAUAAUUCCCAGGAGUGAUUCACAUAUAACUUCUCCCUACAACAUCCAUCCACUAUACUAUCAGGUAGAAGUUGUUAUCUUGAUCUAACAGCAAAUUCAUGCAACUAAUUGACCAGGAAAUGUCUAGCAGCUAGAGGGGAGAAUUUAUAAUCAGAUCCUGGUAGUUAAAAGGUUAACAGAUUUUUAUAGAAAUUAAGACAUUUAAGAAGGCUUGUUGCCAACACUGGAAAACAUUUAUUACCUUAAAUAACACUCUUGAUAAGAAAUCUUCAAGUCUAUUGGUUGUCUAAAACCAUGAUCUAAAAGACUUAACAUGCUUAACCUAUUUAACUCCCAUGAGUGACCAAGACAGAAUUUCUCCUCACAAUAUCAAGUAAUUCUUGGGAGCAACAUCAUAAGAAUUGUAUGGUAGAAAGUUGGAAGAAUUUGGAGUGGAAAGUUCAUCGGAAAUUUGAAACUCUCAAAUGACUAUCUCAGGUAUGUUAUUAUAAGUGUGUACAAUGAUUAUCUUCCAGAGUCGUGUCAGCCAGUGGUGUAGGUUGCAGCGUGUAUAUACACUGGAUCCAUACCUCCCAGAGUAUAGCAUUGUUCAGGUGAAUGCCAGCACCCUAAGAGCAGGGUGCCAAGAAUGGGUAAACAACACAGGCCAUCCAAUCACAGCGUACCAAAUCACGUUCCGUUUUGUAUCUGCACAUUAUGGCAGCUUUCAGCAGCGAAUUGUGUUUGAUUUUGCUGAGAAACCCUUGGUUUACAGACAGCUUGAAGUGGUUGUUGCUCCAGAAAAUGAUUUGCUGCAUACAAUCCAGCAUCCUGUGGUUUGCGAAGAUGACAGUGAGUUAUCCUGGCUUCGAAAAUAUCAAGUUGUGCCUUUUGAUCCCAGUGAUACUCAAGGUACAGUCACACUUACAUGUAUGGCAAUAAAAUUAUGAUACAAAGCAAAUAUUUGCCUGCUAAACUAGAGGCCUUAUUAUUUUUAUUACACCCAUUUUGAAAUCACUGGUGGUCCCUGUAAUCUGAUUGGCUCUAAUUGAUGGGAUUUAUUCAUGAAUCACACCAUUUUUUGCUUUAAAUCACAUCUUUUUUCCAGCCAAUUAGGAGGCUACACUAAAAACAAACAACCAAUCAGAUUUAAGGCUUGUUUAAGGUAACCAUUCAAAUUGCAAGAAAAUGAAAGACAAAGAGUAUCAUGUGGCAAAUUUUGCAACUUUUGUUUCUUACCUCUUACUUUUCCCCCAAAAAAUUGGACAUGAAUUUAAUUUCAGACCAGCUCAGUACUGCAUCAAUAAAAUAUUUGAACUGACCAAGUCCUGUAUUUGGGCAAUUUCAAAAUGGAUGUAAUAAAGUGGUAAUUGAACCUCAUGUCAUGCAAUUUUGGUCUGAAAUCAUACUUGUGAUUUCAAAUUGAACUUGCAUUGCGCGCUUGUUCGAUUUUGAAAUCAUGCAUAUAAUUUCAGCCCAAAUUGCACUCCACACAGUUCAAUUACAUUAUUAAUUAUACACUUAUGUAUAUGUACUACCCUACAGAACAUAUUGGUAAGUGCAAUGAAUAAGAGACUGAAAUCACCUGGUUAGCUCAUGUUGUAAAAUGCCAGACUGCCCUUUGGGAGGUCACAGGUUUAAGCCCCAGACUGGAUCAACACUCAGGGUCUUAAAAUAAUUGAGGAGAAUGAACUACCUUUGCUAUAACAUCUGCCAAUGUUUGGACAUUAUAGUCCAAUAUAGUCCAAUUAUAGUCCAUUAUCUUCUUGGAUAAGGACAAUAUAUCACAGGCCUGGUUGCCUGCAUAUUUCCUGUACAGGUUGGCAGGGGAUGUGAGGGCGCCCAUACACUACCUUCUAAGGGUAGGAAGUGUAGCUCUGGGUGUUGUGGAGCCUUGAGAGCUCCAGAUUGUGAGUCUGAUGCUCUCGCCACGCAGCCAGGCUCCCUGUUGUGAAGUCAAUUAACCCUUUACUCCCUAACAUCAGCAUUCAUAUUCUCCAUACUGUUUUCUUAACAUUUCCAAGGGUUCUGACAGGGAGAAUUUGUUCAACAAUCAAGCGCUUCUUUAGUUGGUGAUCAUUUCCUUUUCCUCAUGAUCUUAAUGUUUGAUUCAGGGAUGAUGUUGUGAGGAGAAUUUAGAUAUUAGCCACUCCUAGGGGUUAAAGGGUUAAGUAAUUUAAAUAUCCUAUCUUGUUCUCAGAGCCGAAAUUCUUUGGUUAACGUUUCAGGUUAACCAUCAAUCUGCAUGCCUUCUGACCUUUACUCUAAGGUGUCUACUUUAUUCUUUUGGCAGUGCAAAGGAAAUCUGAGUUUGAUCUCCCACCCAGCCUUGGUACAACUCUAGAAUUAGGUCAUUUUGAUCACCUGGAAGAAUGCUUGACUCGCAGUAUGUACAAGCAGCGACUGCACAUGCUCCUUCACAUCGAGGAAUUUGAGCGUCGGCGACAGAUGACAAGGUUGAAAAAUUGUUUGUACAUCAAUCAUGCUUUUAGAAUACCCAGCAAUAACCUUGACUUUGUUAACAUAAAUCAAAUGCUAAUUUUAUCUGAGAAAUGACAGUCAAACUGUAAAAACAGUGAGCAUAGUUUAAGGUUUUUUACACCCUAACAUCAGCAUGUAUAUACUCCAUACUGUUCUCUAUAUAUUUCCUAAUGUGCUGGCUAGGAGAAUUUGUUUAACAAACAAGAGCUUCUUAGUUGGUGAUCAUUUCCUUUAUUCUUAUGACCUUAUAUGUGUGAUUCAGUGGUGAUAUUGUGUGGAGAAUUUAGAUGCUAGUCACUUUUAAAUUUAAGUGCUGUUCUAUUCCAGGCUCACCAUACAUUGCUCAGAUCUUCACUAUUGUACUCAACCAUGUGCUACUGACCCGUCCCAAGUGACUAUUGUCCUUCCAGUCCACGAAGACCUCAUGGAUGAUGCUACUCUCCUAAUCAGACGUGCAGGCCAUGCUUUGGUUAGAUUGCAACAACACGGCAUGCCAAAUCCUCUCCUGUACGAGGUGGUAGUGGAGAGUUUGAAAAAGAAUCGUGUAUUACUGCGUGCUAGCGCCUUGCUUAUGGAAAGGCUGAGAUCUAAAGUAUCACUUCCAGCUUCUGUGUGCUUUCGUUUCGUGGACACGUACCAAUUCAUGCACUGGGCAUUAGAGAAUGUCAGCUUAGAUGUAGUAUUCCCGGCUGUUCCAGAAGGAAUUCGCGAACAGUGGACAAAUCACUCGACGUGUGCCAAGCUGUUGAACGAGUCUCAAACCUAUGCGCUGAAGCAGAUGUUGUCGCCUCGCUCGGGACCUCCUUUGUUGAUUCUGGGUCCGUUUGGGACCGGAAAAACCAGGACCAUCGCUGAAGCCAUCAAAGAGCUUAUCUCGAUUCAGUUGAAAAGCUCACCAAAAUAUCGUAUUCUACUUUGUACUCAUUCCAACAGCGCAGCCGAUCAUUAUAUCAAAAAUCAUCUUCAUCCUUACUUAACAAACGCAAAUAUUUCAGCUUUGAUGUUCAAACCCUUGCGCAUUUGCUGGGAAAAUCGUUUUGUCAGCACCGUCUCUGACACAGUACUUCAAUAUUGUCUCUUGGAUCGGCGCACUGGAAAAUUUGCAAUGCCUGACGCGGAUUCACUGCUGAAACGUGGAGUUGUGGUGACCACUCUCGUCACUGCAGCCUCCCUGGCUAAUCUUAAUUUGCCUCCUGGAUUUUUUACGCACAUCUUCAUUGAUGAAGCUGCUCAAGCCAUGGAAGUAGAAACGAUCAUCCCGCUUUGCUUUGUAGGACCUGAAACGCAGGUGGUCCUGGCAGGAGAUCAUCUUCAGGUAACGAUGAAUAAUUAUUAUUUGUAUUAGAGCAGUUUUCAAUUGACUGUCGUGCAACCAAAACUAAAAUUAUCCUUCAGCCAGACAUAACAAAGGUUUGCGUCAUCAUCAACCAAUGAGGAGUCAAGAAAAAACGGGCAAACUACCAAAAGCGCGGGAAAACGCGAGCGAACAAGUAGUGAUUGGUUUUAGUUUUGCAUCUGAUUGGUUGGAAGAGUGACGUGAGUUUCUGGACCAAUCACAAACCGAAGUAAGGCAAAACUAUGGCAAUCUCGGCUUACUUUCGACACUCUAUUGAAAUUAAUCUAUUAAUAAUAACGUUAAGCUACGAGUGGAAAAUGAGCGUGUAACAUCUCUCUAACAAAUAAACAACUCGCGUUUGGUUUAAGUUUUUCAUCUAAUUUGUUGAAAAUGUCACGCGAGUUUCCUACACCAACGACAGUGUAAAGAACGUUGCGAUUGUGUGUCCGGCGUUAAACCGAAAGCACAGCGUCAUUAACGGCCAAUCAGAAGAAAGGAAAAUUUCUACGAACAGCCAAUGAGAGCUCAAAAUAAUAACAGCACAAAGGGCGGGAAAACGUGGGUAACCAAGUCGGUUUCUAUUUUAAAUCUGAUUGGUUAAGAAAACAGCGCGAGUUUUCAAAACCAAUCACAUGGCGAAACCUAUCCAAUCCUGGAUCACUUGUCGGCACUCUGAUAGUUAAAAGUUUCUUUUUUAUUAUUUUCUGUUUUUAUAGCUUAACCCUCCCAUCAUGUCUCCAGUUUCACAACGACUUGGUCUCGGCCGCUCUCUCUUGGUGCGUCUCUAUGAGCUUUAUCCAUCAAUGUCAAGAUGGAAGGUUCAAUUGCUUCAAAACUACAGAGCCUAUGAUGAUAUUGUGGACGUUCCAUCUCAUCUGUUUUACCAAGACACACUCGUUGCUAAACUGAAGCGCCCUCGUGAGUUACCGUAUCCUAUCGCCUUCUAUGGUGUUCAUGGACAGGAAGAAAUCGCAGAUGAUCCGCCGUCUUUUUUGAACAGAGGAGAAGCGGCAGAAGUGGCUGACCGUGUGGAGGAAUUGAUAAAUCAAUGGCCAACUCGUUUCUGGGGAGAAGCUGACCCAGCACGCAUUUGUGUACUCUCUCCGUAUCCAACACAGGUAUGGCAGCUGUAUGUUUUCAAAUUUCUUCUGAAUCUGAUAUGUCGUUGUGCUAAGAAUCACAGAAUCUUCAAUUGUGUAGCAGUGUGGUCGUCCAUGUGAGAGUGUAAUCCUGUGAAGUGUGAUGCUGUGUCAGUGGGGGGCUAACAACAAGAUGAUUUGGUUUUGUUAUUCUUUGGCCACCGUAAAGAGUUUCUUAAGCUGAUGAAUUGAUCGGUAACCCCAUUUUCUAAGGCGCUGACAAGGAGAAUUUGUUUAACAAUCAAGAGUUGCGUUAGUUGGUGAUCAUUUAUCAAUGCCUUUCCUGAACGUGAGCAGCGAGGGAAACAAUGAUUUGGAAAAUGCCGUCGGAGCACACCAUAGUUCUUCAGCGAACAAUAGCAAACAUGUAUGUUUGUUUUUUGUUGUUGUUGUUUUAUUUUGAAGGUGAGAGAAAUCAGAAGACUCCUGCGAGCCAAAUCCUUGGGUGGCGUUAAAGUGGAGGGGGUAACUAAUGUCCAAGGUAGAAAUCUCUGCAAUGUACGAAGUGAUUGAAUAUGGACCUAAUUAAUAACCUUUCUCUUCCAUGAGUUUUCUGUACCUAUAUCGGUAAAGGAAUUUAAAUCGGAUACGAAACUGAUUGGUUGCUCUUGUUACGCUAUAUUACGAGUACACAGAGUAGCUUUCAAUUGAGUGUCGAAAGUAAUCCGGGGUUGCUAUGGUUUUACAUCACGUCGCAUUGUGAUAAGUCCAAAAAACUCACGCCACGUUUUCAACCAAUCAUUGGCGACUUGGUCACCCGCGUUUUCCCGCGCCCCAGGGAGAUUGUUUAUAUAUACUUUGAGGUCUUAUUGGCUCCUUAUGAUAUUUUCCUUUGCUCUGAUAGGCUCUGGAGAUUAGAAUGGUUUUGAUUUUGCAACACUCAAUCAAAAUGCACUCUAUUUGAGAACUGUUUGGUUAUCAAUAACGGUACAACAGCCUAUAGUACUCGCUCAAAAGUAUUAUUAUGACCACGAAGUAGCCGAAGCUUAAUUACUUACUGAUACAGGGAAAUUUUUAUUUCCCUUACAGGAUUGGAGUUUGACGUAUUAUUCAUUAGCACAGUGAGAACCUACGAUGCAUCUACCGCAGAUGACAGCAGUAAAAAGAACAUGGGGUUCCUCUCUGAUUGCAAGCUACUGAAUACUGCCAUCACUAGGGCACGGUUUCGCCUUGUCAUCAUUGGGGACCCUGUGGCACUCUGUUCCAUUGGGGAGUGCCGCGUCUGUUUCAAGAUGAUCCUCGGCAGGUGCAAUAGCAAUAAAACCUUUCACUACCGCUUAGCUUUUGAAAUGGUCAUCAAGAUGACGAAAGAUGCGAAGAGUGAAAGAGAGAGCAAACAGGUGCAGAGGCAAGGUCCGACUGCCUUGAGUACACCAACGAGGAAUAACCCAUCUUACAUCCCAGUUGUCAACGCGGUCCCUGACGUACCAGCCCCUGUUUUUCCUCGAGGGCCCAUGCCAGGAAACCAGAGGAAUGUCCCGUUUGUACAAGAAGGUCCACCCCUCGGGAAUUAUGGUCCUUUCGCAGGAAGACCUUCAAUUUUCAUCCGCCCCCAAGGUCCACUUUACAUGCAAAGACAACCUGUUCAUUUGCCCGUGCAUCCUGUUCCGCUCGUUAGAAAUCCCCCUCAGCAACACCCACCGAUUGGUUUUGUGCCUCAGGUUGUUCUGCCACAGCAGAUGAAUCUGCAACAUCCGUCAGCUCCCUGGGGUGUAACCCAACAGGCUGUACCACAGCGCCCUCCUCUUAGGGUAUUCUUAGCACAGAACGGAGCUGAACACAUCCGUUCAGCUUCGCGUAGUUCAACACCUCCUUCCUCAUUCCAUUUGCGCGAUGCAACCCCUAAGGUACAGAAGGAUCAAACACUGAAUCAGCCCAGCUUGACCAUAGAAGAACCACCGAUGUCACUUCCAUCGUCGCUUCAAAUUAGCUUGCAUGACAGGAAAGAAAUGCUGUACAAAGAGAGAGAUUUAUUGAAUAAGUUGAAAUCUUCCUCCACUAACUCCGCCGUUCAAGAAAAUAUUUUGAGACAGAUUAAUCUGAUUGAGAAGGAAAGUAAACUCCUUCAGAAUCGUGAAACCUUACACAGCGCUCUUACCAGUCUCAUGAAUGGCGGGGAAUCUGAUAGUAACCAUAGUGAUAAUGGUGGGAGGUCUGUGGCACGCCCGAACCUCGAUGACUCGGAUGGAAUCUACCCAGAAGACGAUUAUGAAGAUUCUGAGACAGAAGAAUGGUUCAUGGCACAACAGAAAGAUCCCAUCGUUUUAGAUUAUAUCAAAGCUUUUGAAACUUUGACAUCCAGAACAGAGAAUGAUUCCGAGGAAGAGGCCAUUUCUCCUCCGGCAUCGAUCAGAGGCGGUUCUUCGCCUGUUUGCAGUGACAGUGCCACGACGUCUAUUGGUGAGGGACAGAAAGCCCCGCCCUUACAAGGAUGGAUCCUACAGCCCAGUGAGAGCACAGUUUACAUUGAGAACUACUCCAUCAAUGAAGAACACUUGGAAAGGGAAGAGGCACAGUCCAAAGUCGCUUUAGGUGAACUCGAGGCUUGUGCUCUACAGAUUGAUAACCACAGCGAUGGUAAUACCGCCAUUGCUAAGGUUUGUGACCCAGAUAAGCCUGACAUCCGCAUCAAUAGCCGAGCAGACGUAAACAGAGCUUUCAAUGGAGAUGUGGUCGCUGUGGAGAUCACCAACAAGGACCGAGAUACAGGUGAUCCUCAAGGUAAAGUGGUGGCCAUUCUGAAGGAAAUUCAUCCCAGGAAAGUAGUUUGCCGUUUGGACAGCCAAGACAGAAACGUAAUGACGCCCAUUAACAGAUGCAACUCCAAGUUUGUCAUCUUACGAAGCAGAGACCAUCAAGGGCAGACUGGGGUGGCUGUUUUCGCAAUGAGAGAUAAAAGAACUAACUGUACAAAUUUUGUGACGGAAACGGAAGGGAAGUUGUUUCUGGUGCAGCUCAUGAAAUGGGGAGCAAGUUACCGCUUUCCCCUCGGCUUUGUUGUGCAGUGUUUCAACGAAGGUGGUGAUCCACGUCUCUGCAUUUCAGUUUUGCUCGCAGAACAUGGCGUCCACAAACCGCAUUCGAAGAAAAUCCAGAGUGAAGUCAAGAAGGAGUUCCCUCCUAAAUGGAGAAUCCCCGAGACAGAGCGUUCCAAGCGAGUGCAAUUUGAAGAUGUGUUCAGUAUCGAUCCCGCUUCGUGCGUCGAGGUUGACGAUGCGAUGAAGGUUUGUCGGAAUCACGAUGGAACUUACAAAGUUAGUGUCCACAUUGCAGAUGUGUCUUUCUUUGUGACCAAGAAUUCCACCUUGGACAAGGCAGCUCUAUCACAUGGAGCCUCUGUGUAUGGCUCUAAUGAAGUGUCCUAUUACAAUCCCAUGCUGCCAUCCUACGUCAGCAAGGAGCUUUGCAGUUUAGAUCCGGGUGAAGAAAGGUUGGCAGUUUCAGUUAUCUUUCACUUAAAUGAAGAAGGAAUAGAAGUAGCGCGACCUGAAAUUCAACGCAGUAUAGUAGCGUCUUGCUGCAAGCUAAGCUAUGAUCAGUGCCAAGAUGUCCUUGACGGUAAGAAGGUCGACAACAUUCCUGAACACGUUCAAAAGGGCGUCGGUAUCCUGGGUCGGCUAUCGUUAAAAAUGUGGGCGCGAAGAGUGCGUCAAGGCUAUGUAUCCCUAGAACACGAUGUAAUUAAAACAGGCGUGUUAUCUUCCCAAAAGAUGGUUGAAGAAUUUAUGCUUUGGACCAACUGCGCAGUUGCAGAACGACUGCUGCAAAGCCCUAUUGCCAAAACACUAGUACCAGUGCGUCGACAGUUACCCCCUAAGACCCAUCUUUUGCGAGAGAUUAACGACUCUUGUAUCGAGAAAGGUAUGGAACCGAGGCAGUACCUAGGUCUGCAAUGCAUUAGUGAACCUUCCGGUCACGAAGAUCAUCAAAGCGGCGACGAGUGUGUGAACAUUAGCUUGAAGACGUGGGAGAAAGUAUCUGCAGCUUUAGAUGAAAAAGAUAUCGGAAAGGUAACCAUUGCGUUAAUUAAACACGACAGCAAAGCUGGUGUUGGUAAAAUUCUGAGUCGUUUAACAUCCAUCCGAGAACGAAGCGGUUACGUCGUUUCCUCGAGACUACCUCCUGAGAAACGGCGCCAUUUUUCCCUCAACGUACCUUCAUACACGCACUUUACGUCGCCAAUACGACGCUACAUGGACAUUAUUGUUCAUCGUCUUUUAUUGGCUGUUCUUGAAAAUCACGACAUGCCUUACACAGAGGAAGAACUGGAGAAUAUUUGUGAGAUGUGCCACAUGAUGACGUCACGGAUUUUCAUGUUUGAGAAUCAACUUGCAUUGGUGUCGAGGGCAGAAAUGAUAAAGAGAGACUCCAAAUGGAGGCUUGCCAAGGUGGACUGCCUUGCACCAGAUUACAUACAGUUAGGAGGGGAUGAAGUCGAGCAUAUUUCUCCUUUCAAUCGCUGUGUCAGGAUCCAUGAUUGCAAGCCGACAUCGCGGGACUGGCUGCCAGAGGAGGAAGAGUUAGUCCUUUCUUGGAAGAUCUUGGAGAUCAAUGCGACAGGCCAAAGUGUGAGAACAGAGUGCAGUCAAGAUGAUGUCCCCGAUGAUUCAUCUUCUACACAGCAUGAAGCUUCCUCGGAAGUGUCGCGACAGCUUCUGGAGAUACCGAAAGAGCUUUGGUUUACAUUUCUACAGGGAUUUCGUUCUGAAGAUCUCCAUCAAAUGUACCAACAGCGUCAAAUGAUCGAUCGUGACGCAAAGGCUGUGGUCCGCGUUGAGAAGAAACCAUCGAGUUUUAGUCGCAACAGCGCUCCAGAAGAACACAUUCUAAUGAAUUCACUUGGCUGUCAUCAAGAUUUGAGCGCGCAUACCAACUUCUACCAAAGAGGAAAUACAAUUCCCGUCUAUUUAGGUGCUGAAAUACACCGUGGUCUUCCCAGGCCGAGCAUCCUAGCAGUUAGAUUCACCGAGUCGAUCGUGUGCUGUUUGAAGCAUCGCCGUCAUCCUACAAAGUCAUUUGGAGUUCCACAGAUGGUACCGACCAAAGCAACGUACAGUGACGCAAAAGAAUAUCAAACAGUUAUGCUGCCACUACUACAAUGCGAAGCAGUCACUUCCAGUGUCAAUUCAGAUUCAGCCAGUCAAGUUAUUCUUCAAAAUGUUUCUGUUCAGUGGAAUGGAAGUGAGUUACCUCUCUCGAAUAUUAGAAUCUCAAUUGAAACAUUCCUCCCUUUCUGUGCGAUCUUUUUUAUUGUCACGGGUAUGGGGCAAAUUAAAAAAGAACCAGUCCCCCAAGACUUAAAGGAAUCAAACCAAAGUCUUACGGGUUCGCAGUCCAAUGCUGUGGGGCUCGAUGUUUCGCUUCCUCGUGGGGUACCCACAUUUUUUCGUUAUCGCACGCCCGUGAAACAACUAAUAUCGUCCGUUUUUAUCAUUCUUCAAACCUUGGUACACAUCUUUGUCUAUUUUACCAAAAAUUUUCAGGAACUCUCACCCUAAUAUUAGUGUGUAUAUUCUCAUCGCUCUGACGAAGGGCUAACGCUCGAAACGUCAGCUUUUUUACCCUUUACGGUGGCUAAUUUACGUUUUCAACCCAGUUGUUAACACUAAAUUACCUGCUAUACUCUCCCACCGACGCAGCACCACAGUUUCUUUAGAAACUUACCCCUUUAUUCUCUUUACAGAUCUCUAUAUAGUUCUUAAGGCGCUGACAGGGUGAAUUUGUCUAACAAUCAAGCCCUUCUCUGUAGUUGAUGAUCAUUUCCUUUAUUCUCAUGACCUUCAUGUGUGAUUCAAAGGUUGAUUACGUUGGGAGAAAUUAGACGCUUGUCACUCAUAAGAGUUGAAGGGUUGAGGUUGCGAUGACUUUUCGACUUGUUCGCAUCAUUCCUUCUUCUAAAGACAGGAUUGACGGAGGCUUCUUUUGACUGCCAAGAAUUAUUUUAUUCCUAUGAAAAUAUUUUAAAGAAGAGUGCAGUGAAUGUUAACUAGAAUUAUGGUAUAAUCUUCAUUUAUUGUAGAAGUUGGCGAGUUUACUCUUUCCAAGAUCUUGUGCGUUGCUCGUGGACUGAAGCUCUCCACUGGUGACUUCUUGUGUCUUCGAUGUCACGCUUUGCCUUGUAUAGUCCAUUGUUGUGUCACGCAAGUAGACAGCCGUGACGAAAUGGACGCGAUUACGUUGGACUUAGUGGACGGCUUCUCCACUGAGGACUUGAAUCAGACUUCGUGGCUGUGCAGCAUAGAAGUCAUCGAACAAGGACUCUCAUUUCGCCGUAUGAUAAACGCAGUCAAGCGCCUCGGUGAAGCCACGGAGCUUAUCAGAAGUGUUUUCUUGAGGAGGAACAUUCCUAAAUACCUCGCGCGGGUCCAAAUGCGUGAGGGACAAAAGAAGGAAGACACGAAGACUACUCUACGACUCAACCCUGGACAGGAAGAAGCAGUGAAGAAUGCCGUGAAUUCUUCUUUCACCCUGAUACAAGGACCGCCAGGUAAAAGCACCUUCAUAACAAUUAGCUUGUGCAGGAAGCGCUCAGCGAAAAUGCAAGAAAGGAGACGAACGGAAGCAAGCACGCGCGGAAAAUAAAGCGUGACUUGUUCUUCGUGCGUUUUCGCGCUCGGUUAGCCAAAGCCAUUGCUAUAGAUCUUACCCCUACAUGUAUUAAAAUGGUAACGUCUUGUACACCAAAGCGUAAAGUUACGUCCACACUAGUCGUAGCACCGAAUCAGAACUAUAUUAAAUAUCGUAAGGGGGAAAUAAGGCUUCAGAGAAAAAACAUGUUUGAUGCCUCAAGCCGGGAAAUGUAAGUGGCCGGUGCGCGAUUGGUUUUCGUUUUGCAUUUGAUUGGAUGAGAGGGAGACGCCAAUUCUGUACACCAAUCACAGUGCCAAGCAAAGCAGAACCAAUGGAAAUCGUGUAUCUUAUGAUAUUCAAUUCAGAUUGAUUUAAGGUGGUUCUAAGUUUCACGAUGAUCGAGCAGUACCUUCGUUUAGUUUUUUUUCAAGCCGUUCUUAAAUGUUAAGAAGAAACACUGUUCCAUGUAACUAUUUAAAGGAAAGCACUUUCGUCUGGCACUAUUUCUAACUGUCUCUGGAAAAAGACGUAUCGUACAAGCGUUCAAAUAAACGCUGUACUCCUGUAUGGCGCAGUUUAUUUUGCCAAAGUAAGCAGUGCUGACCUCUCUAAAUUUUGCCUUUGUAGGAACUGGUAAGACCUGUACUGCCGCACAGGUUGCCUAUCAACUUGCUGCCUUGAACAGAAGAGAAGGAAAUGGAGGACAAGUGUUAUUCUGUGCUCCUUCAAAUCAUGCAGUGGAUGUGGCGGCAAGUAAGUCUUUUCUCAGCCAUAACUGAUAACAAUUUUUGGUGGGGCAAGAACGCAUUUCGAUUGAUUGUCAUAAUAUUAAGGCCAAAGUGAUCACUCUAGCCAAUCAGAAGAAAGGAGAUUACAACAAGGAGCCAAUAAGAACUCAGGGUAAAACUUGCCAACCGUUUGAAGCGCGGGAAAUCGUGGGUAAAUGAGUCACGGUUGGUUUUAGCCAAUCAGAAGAAAGUAAACUACCACAAGGAGCCAAUAAGAACUCAGGGUAAAAACUUGCCAACCGCUUGGGGCGCGGGAAAACGUGGGUGAACGAGUCACGGUUGGUUUAAGGUUUUAUUCUGAUUGAUUGAGAAGAUGAUACGAGUUUUCUGGACCAAUACAGAACGAGGUAAAGCAAAAACAAACCAAUCCCGCAUUUCUUUCGAAACUCAGUUGAAAAUAGCUCUAAAUUAUGAUGAUUAUCGAGCUAUUCUUUAAAGAUGUUAUCGAAAGGGGCAGAAGGCUUGUCAGAGAAUGAGAGAUGGACACUUAAACUAGUCACUAUUUCAUCCUUAUGACUGUCGUAACUUUCCUUUCAUUUUUGGCAAAAGAAUUUGGUGUCAAAUUCAGUCAUUUUGAAAUUUAUUCACAAAAUUAUCCUAGUUUAACAUUAAAUUACACACCAGAUAGCAAACUUUAGCGGAUAAACUGGUGUAUUCUCAUAACCUGUUUUCAGAGAACUGUAUGGAAAUCACAGGGAGAUGUUACAUGUUUGUCCUAAAGAGAAUUUUAGGGGUGAAUUUUUUGUAAGCCGCGAUGCAUCCGUUAUUUUGCCGGUUACACGGUUAGUACAUUUUACCGCCAUUUUGGAUUUCCUUAAGCAGAGAAAGAUUAGGAGACAGAAAGUUCUUCAUAACUUGCCUUUUCCUCGUCCACUGUAUCAAACAUGGUGGUUCGGCAUACUGUAGAUAUUUACCAAGAGAACCUGUGUUCUUUAAAAGGACGCUUGCACUGUUGACUAGGCUUGACUGUGCUUUUUCUGUUUGGCAGGGAUACUUCAGAAAAUUCCUAGAUUGAAAGUUUUACGGAUAUAUGGUAAAACGAUUGAGAACCAAUCUUUUAAACAGUCUCUGAGGACAAACUUGCCAUCUGCACAAAGUGUUAUGGGUAAAGAUUGUGAAGAUAUAUCUUUACAUUUUCGUGUCCGUAAACGGAGCAAUCCGCAUUCGUCUAAGCUAAAGGCGGUUGAAGAGGAAAUCAAACAGCUGGAGAAGAGAAUCUCAGCGAAAGAUAAGGUCAAAAAACAGGAAAAAAACACAAAGGAUUUGUGUCUCAAAAUGCAAGAGUUGUACCAAGUGUUAGAUGAAGCAGAGCGACACGAAAUUGCAGAGACUGGAACGGAAGUGAUUCUGUGCACGUGCAUCGAGGGUGGGAGUUCACGUGUGAAGCGUCACGCACGUGUCUGUCAGGCCAUCAUAGACGAGGCCAGCAUGUGCCUUGAGCCAGAAAGCCUAGUAACCCUAAGUUCGGCCGGUCAGCGGCUCAGGCAAGUGGUGUUGCUUGGAGACCACAAGCAGUUGGGUGCUGUGAUAAUGAGUUCUGUCCCGCGUAAGCUUGGUCUGGGCCGUUCUUUGUUUGACGUGCUUUUUAACGCCCCUAAUGCAAGCCAAAGCUUCUCGUCGUGCAAGUUACAGACACAGUAUAGAAUGGUGAGUUUCAUAGCUCUUGUUGCUUACAGUUGACCACACUGAAAGCAUGUAUGUAGUCGUUCAGAAAGACAGAUUUCUGCACUGCCCCAUGUUAUUUCUAAAACAAAGCCUUGGUUCCAGAAGUAACCAAUUGUUUUCGCCAUUGUUUCCUUUUAUCAAAGAUCUGUAUAUGCUUCAUGAAAUAUAAGGUUACGCAGAGAUGUUGUGGUUACUUUAACAUCGUAUCAUGUUCAUUACUCCUUCACAAACUCACCUAUGUGUUAGAAAAUAGGGUAGUUGUCUUUAUGAAAUGCAGUAUUUUAUAUUUCGUAAUUACUCAACCUUUUCAAUUUUCUUCUGAUGUGCAAAUAUAAGUUUGUUUGAACAUGUCCUGCCUGAGUCAGCUCAGACUGCUUGCAGGUCCAUACUAUUCCUAGACCACGAGCAAUCCCUCCUUUUCGCUUUAGUCCGUCGCGUGUGUUAGUGCGCCGCGUAAGUCCGAUGUAGAGCUCUGGGAAUGGGGCGUGGGGCGUGGGGCGUGGGGCGUGGGGCGUGGGGCGUGGGGCGUGGGGCGUGGGGCGUGGGGCGUGGGGCGUGGGGAGUGGGGCGUGGGGAGUGGGGCGAACGAAAAGUACUUGUCGUGCCGGAGCUGCGCGCGGCGCGCUAACAUUAAUUAUUUAAUCGCUAAUAUUCUCUUUUUUUGAUUAGCGCGACGGACUUUGCCGGAACGUGGGACAGCUCUUAAGUCGUACUAUUACUGUAAUUGAUUUUGAACACAAUUUUUUUUAACCAAGUGUAUUAGUUACGGUUGAAAAGGGUGCAGUCAUCACUGAAUGCCUGUAUUUCAAUGAAUAGCCGGUAUAUUUACAAGUAGGACGUUUAUAUCUUUUUUCUUUCUUUCAUCAGCAUCCGAGUAUUAGGGAGUUUCCGUCUAAACAAUUUUAUGAAGAUCUCCUGAAAGAUUCUUCACAUCUAACCACUCCAGAACAUGUUUCAAACGGACUGGUGCCAAACUUUUGGCCAGGGGGACCAAAUGUCCGCGUCGUAUUUUGUCAUGUUAUGGGAACUGAAGAGAGUCCCCAGGACUACACAGGCCCUGAAGGCCGUGAGGAGUCUAAGCGCAACCCGCAAGAGGUGAACGUUGUGGUAAGUGUUGUUAGUAAGCGUGUGAAGUACACAAUGUGAGCUCAAGUAUGUCUAUCGUAAGAUAGUUGUUUUAGUAUACACUGAAACAGUGAGUUAGUGUAGCACAAAAAGAUAAUUUUAACUCAUUUUUUCCUGCAACGUUUAUAAUAUUUUCGCGCACAAAUAUCGCGCGCGUUGCUGGAAGGUAACUAACAAAUGAAAUUCGGAGCUUGAAUAGCCAAUCAGAGUGCGCCUUUAACAAUAUCCAUUGUUUUUUAGUAUAUACUAGUAGCUGAUAGUCUCCGUAGAGUAUUCCUAUUCAACAAAUAGAUUCUCUGCUGCCUUGCGUUUGUUCAACAAGUACAUUCCAUGUCGCCGUGAGUCUGUUCAGUAUUAGAACAUAGAUGACGUCAAAAUUUGCUAAGAACAGAAAAGGAGUACACGAGGUGCGGUCGAGUGUGUUACUGAUGUUCUUACCAAAUUUUGACUUUUCCUGUGACCUAGUACUGUAGAGACCCACGGUUACAUGGAAUCUAUAUGUUGUCAGCGGUGACGUCAUCUGUGCGCCUGUCUUAGCUCAUGAGUAAAGAACCAAUCAAAACGCUUGUAUAAUUUUACUUAUCAUAUAAUGUAAGAUAUAGAGAAAGAUUUUUUUUCGUCUUGUCACGAGCGUGGGACAAAGAAAAAAUUCAGAGUCCCUAUGAGGAAUCGAAUCUCAGACCUUCCGAAUCUCAGGUCCUCUCUGUCUUCGGAUUCCGCGUUCCAAGACUCUACUAUUGAGCCACAGAGAGUACGGUGAGCAAGGUCUAUUACGAAGUUCAAAUGACACGCGCCCUGCAUACUGCUAGGAUUAGCAAUGUCGAUAGCGUCAUGUUUAUGAAGAGAAUAAGUUUUGAGCUCGUUAAUGUAGGAUAGUUGGCCUCAAGGACUCUUUCUGAGGGUGGAAAAAUUGAAAACAGAGUACAAAUGACUAACUUGACAUGGCACCUGUAACCUUUUCUUUAUUAAUGAUUUUCUUCUGUAGCUACGAGUUCUCAAGUACCUGAUGUCCCACGGAAUAAAAUCUUCUCGGAUAUCUGUCAUUACACCAUAUUCUGCGCAGAGAGCCAAAAUAUCCCGAGAGUUACAGAGCUCCUUUAACUCGUGUGACUCAGAGGUCCUCUCUGUCUUCGCCAGCCAAGGUAUGUGAAUGUUUGUGGACAUUUUCUACUUAGUGUCCAAUGUUAACUGGAUUGCGUUGUUUUUGCUUUCCUUGUUCUAUGAUUGACCCGCAUCUCCCUCUCACAUGGGCAGAUGUUAUUAGUUUUGCUUUUCCUUCUCUGUCAUCGGUCAAAACAGCGAUCCUCAGAAAGGGGCCGAAAUCGAGUCUUGCAGUCCUAGGGUUAUUUCUCUUAACCCUUUACACCCUAACAUCAGCGUUCAUUUCUCCAUACUGUUCUUUGUACAUUUACCAAAGUGCUGACAAGGAGAAUUUCUUUAAUAAUCAAGAGUUUCUUAAGUUGAUGAUCAUUUCCUUAAUUCUCAUGUCAUUAAUCUGUGAUUCAGUGGUGACAUUGUAAGGAGAAAUUAAAUGCUAAUCACUCUUAGUUGUUAAAGGGUUAAUUACCCAGUAGGGGGUGGUUUCGACUGGAUCUUAACACAUUUAUGUUGUCUUUCUCUCUAGGUGCUGAGAAGGACUUUGUGGUUUUGUCUACCGUGCGAAGUCUGCCAGUAGAAAAGAUCACAGGCAGCUCUGAUAAUCAACAAUGGUUAGCGAAUCACUUAGGUUUUCUUAUUGAUGAGCGGCAAAUGAACGUUGCUCUUACUCGUGCAAAGCAUGGUCUAGUAAUUAUUGGUGAGUAUUAGUCUAUCUUCAUGAUGCGAAUGUUCAAUCCAAGUGUAACAAUGGUCUAACCUUGUUCCCAAGCUCUCUCCUCCCGCCUUCUCGCUAAUGGGACUGGGGAAAAAGAGGGAGUCUAGGAGCGAGGUUGAAAAACUUCAAUUUAAUGUUUGUAAGAUCAAAUACCGCUGGCUUAGCGUGGUUAUGGGACCCUACCUAAUUGAAGUAUGUGUGUUUUCACGUGAAAAUUGCUACGUUUCUCAGCCCAGCUAGCAGUAAGUUGAUGUCACGUAAGGCUCAAACACCCUAACGUGUAACGACCAUAAAGGACCAUGCAAUGGAUGGUGGUUAUUGGAAAUUCGCCAAUUGUUGGUACAUGGGUUGUCUUUUUAUGAGGAGGUUAGGUUUAAGGCUAAGAGGCGCAUAUUUAACUUUUUACAAAUCGUGGCCACUAUAUAAUGUUUUUUUUAAAAUUGGGAAUUAAACGUCUGCGCGUGUCUUAACAGGUAACCGUCAUUUGUUAGCGGUGCACAAUAUGUGGAAAAACUUGGUAUCUCACUGUCAGAGACUGCAUUGCUUGGUGGAUGAAAAAUCCUGGCAACCUGCCAAGGACACUUCGUGAGCGUUGCACCAUCGAAUAGGAGAAUAGACUUGUGUCACGCAAUGUCAUGGAUUGCGUGACUGGUCGAUAAACUACAAUAGUUCAGAAUUUCUUUCAAUAGCUUGGAAUAUUGGUGGAGUAUCGUAUGAUAUAAAAAAGAUUGAAUUUAGUAUGGAAUAAAUUUAGUACAACUGAAGAUAGAGGAAUUUAACCCAAAUGCAAAUGGUAAACACGAAAAAUUGGGGAAAGUUUUCGUACAAGUUGUGCAAAAGCGACUCAGCUCACUUUUAAGGGAUCAAUUUUGAAGCUUUAUUAAUAUAGGCUUUUUUUAAAAUUCAAUUUGAAUUCAUGGUUUUUAUCAUCAAUUACAAAUCAGAGAUCAGUCAUUGUUUAUCGCCUGAGGGGUUUCGGAGGAGUCUGGUUGUGUCACGAUCAAAUUUAUGUGACCCCCCUAUAAGGCUCUGUAAUAUUCUUAUGAUCCCCUGUCUUGGACAGUUAAUUGGCAGUCAAUUGUCAAUAGUCCCCUCUUUAUACUCUGUUGACCACGACAGAUCCCCUCUCCGUUCUCCUUGAAAACCAUGUGAUCCCCUGAAAUCCCCCCCCCCCCCCCCCCCUCAGGUGAUAAAGAAUGACCGACCCCUAGUUCUGUUGGUCUUUUAGGCUUCAUGUGGGGUAACUAUCAUACCUCUGUAAAUUCUUACACUUUUUUUUUUUUUUUUUUUUUUUAGCAAUUUUAACAUAUUGAAACUCGAAGUUAAAAGAUUCAAGUAGUUAGUAGAAUUUCAUUUUGUGAGAAGAUAUUUUAUUGCUCAUUUUGCAUAUGUUUUCGAAUGGAAUUCUUAAUUUUUUUAUUUGUACAUAUUACGCAAAUUACAACUUAACAUAAGUCAUUUCAGCAAAUACAGGCACAAAAAUUGUGCAAUUUUGAUAAGUUACUCGAAAAUAUCGUAAUAAUGCUAAGUUAUCUUUGAAGCUUUCAUCAGGAAAUGCAUACGUGUUAUUCAGUCGC